AUGACUCCUUGUUCCCUCAACCCACCACCCAUACAAAGUCAAACCCAAAUCUUCAACAUAUUUGAUCCAACCCAAACCAUACAAAUUGCAGGCUUCAGAGAAAAUUAUCAACAGGAUGAGAAGAUGGUAGUGCAUGGUGGAUCAUCAAGCAAUAAUCUCAAUCCACCUGAGCCAGUUACGGAUGAUCCAAUUAGCAGCGCAACUGAGGGUAACUUAGCCUCGUACAAAGUGGAGGAGGAAGACAUAGAAAAUGGUCACGGGUCUGGGAAAUGGAUGUCUUCAAAGAUGAGGAUAGUGAAAAAAAUGAUGAGAGGGAGUAUGAGUCCAAGCACUGACAAAGCAUUGAAUCCACCAGGGCAAGAAAGCAGGUGCAGCCAAAGAAGCCCUCGUAACAACAGCAAUAGCACCACUAGGGUUUGUUCGGAUUGUAACACAAGCACUACCCCACUUUGGAGGAGUGGCCCUAAGGGUCCUAAGUCACUUUGCAAUGCCUGUGGCAUUAGACAGAGGAAGGCAAGAAGGGCAAUGGCUGAAGCUGCAAAUGGUUUGGUCAGUCCCAUGAACUCAGUAUUUGCAAAGACCAGAGUGCACAACAAGGAAAAGAAGUCUCGUGCAAACCACUAUGCACAGUGCAAGAGCAAGUACAAGUCCACUACUAGUACUGCAGGAUCAUCCGAGGGGUUGAGGAAGAUUGAAUAUUUGAAGGACUUUGCCAUAAGUUUGAGGAGUAACUCUUCUUUCCAACAGGUGUUUCCACGGGAUGAAGUUGCUGAGGCAGCAAUGCUUCUGAUGGAGUUAUCUUGUGGUCUUGUCCACUUAUAA